UUGCAAAAUUAUUCAUGUUUCCUUCAGGUAGAAAACCACAGUGUUGGCGAAGGUGGUGACAACACUGCAAGACGAGUGAGGCGAUCUUCAUUUGUAGGCACUGCUCAGUAUGUCAGUCCAGAGGUGCUUGAAGGAGAUCCCGUCUCACCGGCUACAGAUCUCUGGGCAUUUGGAGUGGUUGUUUAUCAAUUUUUGACUGGGAAACAUGCAUUCCAUGACGCAUCGGAAUACCUAAUGUACAAACGUAUUCAGAAAUUAUUGUAUUCGUAUCCUUCUGAUUUCCCAAAAGACGCGAAGGAUUUAGUCGAUCGGUUAUUGAUUAUCAAGAGCUUUGAAGAGCCAAAGGCUGGACCAUCCAAGCUGUGGAUGGCAUGGUUAUAUCGCGAUCUUAGCGGAGAACCGAAAUGGACCAAAGCAAGAGUCAGCAAAUUAUUUGGCCCUGAUCCCAAGGUAAUAGUUUUGCUCUCGUGCCAAAUUUGA